AUGUCUAUGGAUUUGGUAACGGUAUUGCUAGGAUUCUUGGCGUCUUGUAUACCUAUUGCUAUCAGCUGCCUUUACCUUCUGUCUUGGGUUACUCCUUGGCCUGUUCGAACGCGAAAAGAUCUGUUACAGCCAAUGUUUGUCUACACUCCAGCUAAUUCUGCAAGCGAACAGUUCAGGUCAUUGUUGACUCAUGAUAGUGAUGAUGCAUGCGGAGAGCUGCAUUGCACCAAGCCAGAUUUGUAUCUUUCCGUUAUUAUUCCUGCUAUGAAUGAACAAGAAAGGCUUCCGAUCAUGUUGAAUGAAUGUUUACCUUAUCUAGAAGAUCGACAGGCCGAAAAUGAUUCAUUUUCAUACGAGAUUAUUGUGGUAGACGAUGGUAGUACAGAUAGAACUGCUAAUACGGCCUAUCAGUACACGGAAAAGUAUGAGGGAAAAAUCAGAGUUUUGAAGCUAAAGAAAAACCUGGGAAAAGGUGGAGCAGUACGCAGAGGCGUAUUGUGUGCACGUGGUUCAUUAAUUCUCUUCGCAGAUGCAGAUGGUGCUACAAAAUUUGCCGAUUUUCAGCAUGUAGAAAAAGAACUGCUUGGUUGUAUUUCUGAUGGUUGUAUUUCGGAAAUAAAAGCCAAUGUUAAUUGGAUUAUCCCUGUUAUAGCUAUUGGUUCAAGAUCACACAUGGAACAAAAAAGUAUAGCAACACGUUCUUUAGCACGAACGUUUCUAAUGAUAGGUUUUCAUCUGAUUGUGUACAUUUUUACGGUAAGAACAGUGCGCGAUACUCAGUGCGGAUUUAAAUUAUUUACACGUGGAGCAGUUUCAAAGUUAUUCCCACUGUUGCACGUCGAACGGUGGGCGUUUGAUGUUGAGUUGUUGUUUCUCGCCGAACAGUUCAACAUUCCAAUUUGCGAAGUACCGGUAACAUGGCAUGAAGUUGAUGGUUCCAAAAUAGUGCCCAUAAUUUCAUGGAUUGAGAUGGGUCGUGAUUUGAUACUCAUCUGGUUUCGCUAUAAAACUGAAAAAUGCCUGAAAAUCAGAAGAAAUCUCGUCGGAAAGACAUACGAUACUGAUAGUGAUUUUGGCAACAAUGCGAUUCAGUGGGAUGUGACUACCUACAUAUCAAAAAUCAAAGUGUUUAUCAUAAAUGAAAGCGAAGAUGGUAUGGCGCUGGAGUUUGAUUUAGUUGGCGUUGAAGCCCCAAUUGCUAAUGCCAUUCGAAGGAUAUUUAUUGCCGAACUCCCUACCAUGGCAAUUGAGAAGGUUUAUCUCUACCAGAAUACAUCAAUUAUACCGGAUGAAGUAUUGAGUCAUCGUCUUGGUUUGCUUCCAAUUAAGGCGGAUCCACGAUUAUUCAAAAUGCCUCUUGCACAAGUUGUUGGAAUCGAUGAAUCCGGUGUUGACUGUAAUGAAGAGCCAGCUGGUGAUCCGGAGAGAAAUCUCAUUUUUGAGAUUAAAGUCACCUGCAGUCGGAAUUCAAACGCUUUGAAAACAGCUACAAACCCCAAGGAAAUUUAUGAGAAUGCUUUUGUUUAUUCAAAUGCAUUCAAAUGGAUACCAAUCGGCGAUCAGUCUAGCUCACUUCCGUAUCCUCCAGCAAUGGUACACGAUGAUAUUCUGGUUGCGCAACUACGACCUGGACAAGAAAUUGAAGCUAGGUGUCAUUGCUUGAAAGGAUUAGGACGCGACCAUGCAAAGUUCUCUCCGGUUGCCACUGCAUCCUAUCGUUUGUUACCACAAAUAGUGCUAAAAAGAAAAUUCAGCGGUGCAGAUGCUCAAAGAAUCAAGAGCUCUUUUUCAGAAGGUGUUAUUGAAAUUGAUGCAGACGGAGUAGCUGUUGUGAGAGAUGCACGAUGUGACACUUGUAGUCGCAAUAUUUUACGACAUGAGGAUCUGGCAGAACACAUUGAAUUGUCAAGGAUCAAAGACCAUUUCAUUUUUAGUGUUGAAAGCACUGGUGCACUGAGAAGUGCAGAAUUGGUUGUGGAAGCUUGCAAAGUAAUGGAAGAAAAAUGCCGGGCAUUGCGGUCACUGUUCCAAAAACGGUUGAAAGAAGUACAGUGA